AUGUUAUUUAGUUUUAAAAAUAAUACUUUAAAAUAUAAAAAAAGUUAUUUCAAUGGUACCUGUAAAUAUAGGUGUAUUUUUCCUAAUGGUGAUAAAAGAAUUAAAUAUAAUAAAUGGAAAAGUAUUAAAAAUGCUAAACCUGAUUGUGAUAUUUUUGAAGUUAUUUGCAAAAGUUUAACAACAAAAGAAAUAAUUUUUUAUGAUAUAUUUUUACAAUUUGUUAAAUUAAACAUUAUACCAAAUGAAAAGGUUAACUUUUUAAAAUCAUUUUAUCCUAUUGAUAAAGUGAAACAUAAUUAUAAUGUUCAUCUUAUUAUUAUAGAUUCAGUGUCACAUUUUAAUGCAUUACGUGGAUUUUCAAAAACAUUAAAAUAUUUAAAAGAUAACUAUAAAGGAGUAAUAUUUAAAUAUCUUAAUAAAGUUGGUUAUGGUUCCAAACCAAAUGGUUUUGCUUUUUUAUUAAAUAAAAGAAUAAUAGAUUUACAAGACUUUGAAACAGAUAAUUUUAUUCCAUCAGAUUUUGACAAUUCAACUGAUCCUUGUAAACAAUAUCUUGAUAAUCAACCAUAUAUAGGUAAAUAUUAUCGACAAUUAAAUUAUACAAUAUUAUUUAAUGAAGACUCAUAUGAAUCAAUUUUUACAAUGAAUGAUUGUAAAGGAUUUUUAAAAAAUAUUCAUCAUCAUACAACAAGACCAUUUUUACAUAAAUUAAAAUUAUUACAAUAUGAUUCAAAAUAUAAAAAUAGUAGAUUUUUUAAAAGUAAAUGUUUUAUUAAUCCUGAUUAUCAAUUAGAAUAUCUUAAAUCAUUUAUGGAAGCUUAUAAAAAUAGAAGACAAUUUACAAUAACAUGGUUAUCAAAAUUUUCUCAUGAUAAUUUAACAGGACAUUAUGCAUAUGAUAAUUUAUUUAAAACAUUUUUUCAAAAUAACAAAAAUUUAUUUAAUAAUGGUUUUUUAAUAUUUAUGGGAGAUCAUGGAUUUAAAAUGGGUUUAUAUAGAAAUACUGAAUUAGGUAAUUAUGAAGAUAGAAAUCCAUUCUUAUUAAUAGCUCCCCCAAAAAAGUUAAGAACAUCAAGUAGUGAAGUUUAUAAAAAUUUAAUGUUUAACUCAGAUAAACAUAUUUCACAAUUUGAUGUAUAUGCUACACUUUUUGAUAUUGCAACUGAAGGUAGUAGAAAUAACUUUACUAAUAUGAAAAACUUUGAUUUUAAUAAUAUUGUCAAAAAUGAUAUAAUAAAAGGGUUAAGUUUAUUAAGAAAAAUUACAACAUCACGAAAUUGUUUAGAAAUGGAAAUUACAAGUCAAUAUUGUUUAUGUUACAAUUAUCAUCAUAAUCUUAAUAAGAAACUUUUAAAAAAAAUUAAAGAUAAAUUUAUUAAUAAUGGUAAUAUACAAUUUAAUAUAAAUUCUGUAAUAAGAUAUAUAAAAAAUAAAUUUAUCAAACAUUUAAAUAAUAAAAUUAAAUUAACCAAAUCUAAAAAUAUAUGUGCUAAAAUUAAAGAAUCAAAAAAUGGAUUAUUUGAUAUGAAAUAUUUUGUAUCAAAGAACAAUACAUUAGUAUUUUUUAUCAAACAGGAAGUCAAACCAAAAGGUAUAUAUGAAGCAUAUUUUGAUGAAAAAGGUAACCUUCUUAAUUUAGCGAUAACUAGAAUUGACCAAUAUUCUAAAUAUAUUAGAAAAUGUAAUCCCUCUCGAAAAAUUGAAAAUUAUUGUUACUGUAAAAAUAAUAAAUAA